AUGAUCUUCGAGCCGACCGCGCGGGUGGAACUGCCCACCACCGAUGCUAUUUCUUAUAUUUUUGCCAAUCCCCGAUAUGAUCGUGAUGAGCCUAUCUACAUCGACGCGAACGAUACUUCCCGGUCUAUCUCGUAUAACCAAGCUCGGACCAUUAUCCGGAAGUUGAUCGCGGGUCUACGUGCAUGGGGCGUACGCCAAGGCGACUGCGUGGCGCUUCACUCUUUCAAUGAUAUCUAUUACUGUAUGCUCGCCUUGGCCAUCGUCGGAGCCGGCGGCAUCUUCACCGGCACCAAUCCCGCCUACACCUCCAUGGAGAUUGCGCACCAUUUCAAGGCGUCGGAGACCAAAUUCGUCAUUGCUGAGCCGGAGGUCGUGGGCUCCAUCCAAGCAGCGAUGAAAGAGAUGCGCAUACAAGAGUCAAAUCUGCUGGUGUUCGAUGUUCGAGACCAGACCGUUCCGACUGGGUUGAAGUCGUGGCAAGAACUCUUUUCCGCCGGCGAGGGAGACUGGGUGCGAUUCGACGAUCUGAAGACCUGCGAAGAGACCACCGCCGCAAGACUAUUCAGCAGUGGGACGACGGGUCUCCCCAAGGCGACGGAAAUCACGCAUCGCAACUUCAUCGCUCAGCAUGAAUUGGUGUUUGAGUUCAAUCCACGACCGUACCGGCUCCGCCGACUCGUCGCCCUCCCCAUGUUCCACGCCGCCGCCGCCCCUUCAACCUAUUUCGGUCCCCUCAAACAAGGCCAUAUCACCUACAUCAUGCGCCGCUUCGACCUCAUGGAGUUCCUCUCGAAUGUCGAAAAGUUCCAAAUAACAGACCUCCUUGUUGUACCGCCCAUGGUCGUCAGCAUCAUCAUGAGCCCGCAGGCGCACGAGCGCCCAUACCUCAGAAGCAUCCGCAUGGCUUGGGUUGGCGCCGCGCCUCUCAGUAAAGAUAUUCAAGCCAAGCUCCGCCUUAUGCUGGCAGAUGAUGCAACCUGCAAUCAGGUCUGGGGCAUGACGGAGAUAUGUUGCAUUGGGACGAUAUUCCCAUAUUAUGAGCAGGAUGAUACGGGGAGCGUGGGUAGGAAUUUGCCGAAUAUUGAACUCAAAUUGGUGGAUGACGAAGGGAACAAUAUCUCCGGCUAUAGAGUCCGAGGGGAACUCUGCAUUCGGGGUCCUACUGUUACACCAGGGUAUUUUAAUAAUCCCAAGGCGAAUGAGACCUCGUUUGAUAAGGAUGGGUGGUUUCAUACCGGCGAUAUUGCGUUCUGCGAUGAGAAUACGCGGAAAUGGUACAUCGUAGACCGCAAGAAGGAGUUGAUCAAGGUUCGCGGGUUCCAGGUUGCACCGCCCGAGCUGGAGGCUGUUCUACUUACGCAUCCGCUUAUCGUUGAUGCCGCUGUCAUUGGGCUCCGUGGUGUGCUUCCUGAUAGCGAGCUGCCACGGGCUUACGUGGUUCGGCGUCCGGAGGUGGGAGACAAGUUGACGGAGAAAGAAGUGCAGGAGUAUCUAGGUGCACGGUUGGCCAAGUAUAAGGCACUGACUGGGGGUGUGAAGUUUGUGGAUGCUAUCCCGAAGAAUCCGAGCGGGAAGAUUCUGAAGAAGGUCUUGAAGGAGGAGGCUCAGAAGGAGGUUGAGGCUGGCUUCCGGCCCAAGCUCUAGGAUGGAUGAUAUUCUUUUAUGUAAUGCAGAUAGUGUAUUGCUAGACUCCCGCCAUAAUAUAUGACUAAACCAUCCAAGUACCCAGCUGAAGAACCCCUUCUUCUCUUCCGGAGGCUCAGUCUCAACUUUUCCAACGCGUAAUCAUUCCUGGUAUCGUUUUAGGAUGCUCUCGGAGUGAGAAUCCCGGAACUCUUUUGUUGCAUCUUUGCCUGCUACUUUGCGCAGAACUGCCUAGUUAUCAGCCUAGCCCCAUAACAGGUCUAGUAUGAAAACAAAUUGUGACAGCUGACUUUUCUCUCCCCGAGGAUGCUCGGCUCGAAAGCUACUCAGAUCAUAAACAUCCUGGUCGAUGAUAAUCCAGAAACUCAAUGAGUAGUUAUGCCGUGCAACUUCGUCGCGGGUGAAGACUGUCCGUGUGGACAUUGAUAAGGGAUUAUGAUGGGAGGUAG